AUGAAGUAUGCAUUGCCACUGUUUUUCUUGGUUGUGAAAAGAAAUGUGUCCUACACUGUGGUUGCCACGUUCCUUGUACAAGAGGGAAAUGUUCAUUGUAUUGGUGAAGCCGUUGAAAUCUUCAAAGGGUGGAACCCGUGCGUGUCUCCGAAGUAUUUCAUGUCCGACUGCAGUGAUGCUCAGAUUGGUUCUGUGAAUACAGUGUUUCCUGGCAGUAUUCUGUACAUUUGCGAUUCUCAUCGAUGCCAGGCAUGGCAGCGAUGGGUGCGUAAGUCCGGUAAUGGUCUCUCCCCUCUUGAACACAAAGAUUUGCUGGACCGCCUGCGGUGUUUGGCAAAUGCAGACGAUGUAGGACAAAUAAACGAGGCCCUGCACGACUUGCAGUGCAGUCAGGUUUGGGAGCAAAAGAAAGUGCAAGAGUACAUGAAUUCUUACUCGCUCCCUCGACAAGAACGGUGGAUGCGGUGCUAUCGACAAACAACAUAUCAUGCAAUCAUAAAGACUAACAAUGGCGUCGAGGCGCAGAACAAAAUCCUGAAGCAUUCAUAUCUUGCGAGUCACUGUGACAACCUGCCCGAUCGAGCCAUACUGUUUGACAACGAGCAGGCGGUACUCGUGAACGUACUGAGUGACAUCUUGGAUACUAACGCCAGCGAUGAUAAUUUGGCUGUCGAAAUUGCGAGCGAGGACAAGAAACUAUUAGGCACGUCUCACGCGGUGUUGGACGACGUCGUUGCCUACCUGUCCGAAGAGCACUACCUCGCACAGUUCUGCCACGAAAACGGGGACGACACAGACUGUGAAGAAAUCGAGCAAGCUGAACGGGCAUCCCGUAAUUCCGUCGAGUCAUUCUUCGAAGAGGUCCUUACAUUUCUGACCCAUUUCGAGAGAGUGGCAAGGCAGAAUGAUCACUGGCGAAACGUCAAUUCCGAAUCCACCUCAGGAUCCAGGUUGCGGGAAUUCCUUGCUCAGUCAAGAACUUUGUUAACUCAAAUUGGCAGAGUCAGGGAAAAUCUACAUGGACAACCACAACUUGGAGCCCAUUGCGAAGCAUUCGAAUCAGCAUUGUCACGAGUCUACAAUGACUUAUCAUCCCGUUUGUAUCCAAUGUCGGGAACAGGUCCACCUACGGCUACAGAUCAGUCAGAUAGACUGAAUACAGAGAGUCGUGCGGAAACCGAGCAACCAUCUGAAAUGUGCCCGAGGGUUUCAAGUGGAUUCCGAGGCCCGCCCCGUUAUGCCAUCGGGGCAGAACAGUUAACUCAGUUGAGGCGAAUUGGUUAUCCCCUGAGUGAAGUUGCUAGGCAGGGUCUACUGACUACCACCAGCCGGACCACAUUAUACAGGCAUAUCAGGAGACAUAAUUUGCCAACUGUGCGCCAAGAAUACAGUUCCAUCAGCAAUGCCAAUCUUGAAGCUCAAGUGAGAAAUAUCAACAGACAGUAUCCAAAUUCAGGAUCGCAGGAAGUUCGUGCCCAUCUACGGGGUCUUGCUCAUCCUAUAAUAGUUCAACGCGAGAGAGUUCGGAGGGCAGUAAGGGUUGUUGACCCAGUUGGAACUGCCAGCAGAUGGGCACAGGUGAUUCACCGUCGACGCUAUUCUGUUCCUGGACCCAACAGCUUAUGGCAUUUGGAUACCAACCAUGCCCUCAGAAGAUGGAGGAUUAUUAUCAAUGGCGGUAUUGAUGGGUUCAGCAGACUGGUGGUUUACCUACAUGCCCAAGGAAACAACAAUGCACGCAGCAGCCUUUAUUGCUUCCUUGGAGCAAUCCGGGAUUAUAGUGUACCAAGUCGGAUCCGCACUGACGAAGGCGGAGAAUUUGUUCACGUGAGGACAUUUAUGAGCAGACAAGAGGGUGAGGGAAGAGGCAGCGCAAUCGCUGGACGAUCUGUGCAUAACGUUCGAAUAGAAAGAUUGUGGAGAGACGUGUACUCAAAGGUGUUGGACACAUACUACAGGCUGUUCUACCACAUGGAAAGUUUCAACAUCCUGGACGUGUCCAAUGUGAAUCAUAUGUUUGCCCUGCAUCAUACUUUCAUUCCAAGGAUUGAGCGUCAUUUGCGGGAUUGGGCCGCGGCUCACAACAACCAUCCUGUUCGAACGGAGAACCACAGAACACCUCUUCAACUGUGGUUUGGGGGGCUUGUGCAAAGGGCAGGGAUGUCAAGUAGGGCGGUGACCAAUGUGUUCGAUGCACACCUUCCGGAUGCCGAUAAUCUAUUUCAGCAAUUUGGCAUUGAAUGGAAUCUGGAAGACCCGCCCAGCAUAGUAACUGUUCCUUCUGUACAAUGUCCCCUAUCAACGCAGCAAGUUGAGCAGCUGCAUGGUCAAGUAGACGUUUUGAGGGCAUCAGAGUCUGAGGGAAUGGACAUAUAUGCACAAGUUCUUCGCUGCAUAGACACAUUUUACGUGCGAGAGUGAGGCGAUAGAACAGUCAUGCCAGACACAAUCAGGGUGCCAUUCUGCUUUCACACAGAGCGAAAAAACCUCCUUGCAUCCCACUGUUACAUUUUGUGUAAUAUAGUUAUCGAGGAGUAAUACUGUAAAAUUUCAGUUUUCAAUUUUAAGAGUAAAAAGUUAUGCCACAUUAUGUUUGAGUUCCCAUAUUAGUAAGUAGAAAGUAGUAUAAAGUUUCAUUUAUAUAUACUUCAUACAUCCUGAUAUACAUAUAUACCAGGUUACACAGAUAUAUCAAUGCUGAGAUCAAAAUGUAAAAUUUUGCUGUUUCUGUACGGAAUCCUACAUCUAUUAUGGUCAGUAACGAUUCAUUUUUAUUCCGUACAUACAAAUAACGUCUAUACAAUAUAUACAUCUCACUAUUCAUUCUGCUUUCACACAGAGCGAAAAAACCUCCUUGCAUCCCACUGUUAAAUUUUGUGUAAUAUUAUAUAGUUAUCGAGGAAUAAUACUGUAAAAUUUCAGUUUUGAGUAAAAAGUUAUGCCACAUUAUCAUUUAUGUUCGAGUUCCCAUAUUAAUAAGUAGAAAGUAGUAUAAAGUUUCAUUUAUAUACUUCAUACAUCCUGAUAUACGUAUAUAUACUAUGUUACACAGAUAUGUCAAUGCUGAGAUCAAAAUGUAAAAUUUUGCUGUUUCUGUACGGAAUCCUACAUCUAUUAUGGUCAGUAACGAUACAUUUUUAUUCCGUACAUACAAAUAACGUCUAUAUAAUAUCAAGAGC